AGGAUCGUAGCUUUCAACACGGUGAGAAAUGGGAGCAACGCCAGAGCGUCUUCUCGUCACGCUUCUCCUCAGUCAGGUCCUUCACCUUAUACUCUGUUAUGAUGUUUUUAUCGAUGAUAAGUCGGCGUCUCAAGUUAUCAGAGCAAAGAGAGCAAACUCGCCCUUCGAGGAGCUGAAGCAAGGAAAUCUGGAAAGGGAGUGUGUGGAGGAGAUCUGUAAUCAUGAGGAAGCUCGAGAGGUGUUUGAGAGCCCUGAUAAAACGACCUUAUUUUGGGAUGCAUACUUAGCGUGUGCUGGCCCCACAUUGCAGAGGAAUCCUCCAAAUAUCAACCAAAUAAGAACCUGUGUAGAUCACAAAGAUCUCUGCUACAUUAAUGUUGGUGAAGGCUACAAUGGUAAUGUCAGUAUCACCAUGUCUGGACGGUCAUGCCAAUUUUGGAAGAGCAACUUUCCCCACAAAAUAGUUGAGUUCAAUACAACAGAGUUGAAACUGCCAGAGAAUUUCUGCAGGAACCCGGAUAAGAGCCCCAGUGGCCCGUGGUGCUUUACCAGCGACCCCACUGUCAGGAGAGAGAAAUGCGCCGUGCCGAAAUGCGGUGAAAAAAUGCCAUCAGUUCCCACUGUCCCUGCAAAGAGUGUGGAAGAGACCUACCAUAAGACUGACUGUCUACACGACGAUGGGGAGAGCUACACAGGAACCCUCUCUGUAACUCUGGGUGGACACACCUGCCUGGACUGGAACCUGCCCAAGGUAAAAGCUCUAAGUGUGGGCAAAGACUUUAAGCCAGAGGUGAACCUAUUGAAGAACUACUGCAGGAACCCAGAUGGAGAUCUGGAGGGCCCAUGGUGCUACGUAAGGGGCCUGUCUGGAAACAUUACCUUUGACUACUGUGACUUAGAGCUGUGUGAUGCUCCUGUGGAUGGGGUUUUAGAUGAGGAGACUGUUCGACAGAGAACUGUUAUUAAAAAGGACACUUUCUUUAGCCCAAGGAGCUUUGGCCAGGGCGAACUGGAAUGUGGUGUACGACCGAUGUUCGAAAAAAUAAACAAAGCGGACGGAACAGAAGAGGAGCUCAUCAAAUCAUACGAAAAAAGAAUCGUGAACGGAGAAAAUGCUGAAGUAGGAAGUGCACCAUGGCAGGUGAUGCUGUAUAAGCGCAGUCCACAGGAGCUGCUGUGUGGAGCUAGUUUGAUCAGUGACGAGUGGAUCCUCACUGCCGCCCACUGCAUCCUUUACCCACCGUGGGGCAAGAAUUUCACCAGUAAUGAUAUUCUCGUGCGCCUGGGGAAACAUUCUCGUGCCAAGUAUGAGAGGGGCACGGAGAAGAUUGUAGCCAUUGACGACAUCAUCGUCCAUCCUAAAUAUAACUGGAAAGAAAAUCUGAACAGAGACAUCGCUCUGCUGCACAUGAAGAAACCCGUCACCUUCACCAAUGAGAUCCACCCUAUUUGCAUGCCCACCAAGAAUAUCGCAAACAUUUUGUUGUCAGUUGGCCACAAGGGCCGGGUGACAGGCUGGGGGAACCUGAAGGAAUCAUGGACGUCGAGUCCUCAAAACCUUCCUUCUGUGCUGCAGCAGAUCCACCUGCCCAUCGUCAACAUGGAUGACUGCCGCAAAUCCACUUCUAUCCGCAUUACUGAUAACAUGUUCUGUGCAGGUUACAGCCCAGAGGAUAACAAGAGAGGUGAUGCAUGUGAAGGGGACAGUGGAGGACCUUUUGUCAUGAAGAACCCAGACGAUAAACGCUGGUAUCAGAUUGGCAUUGUCUCGUGGGGCGAGGGCUGCGAUCGGGAUGGGAAGUACGGAUUCUAUACCCAUCUGUUCCGCAUGCGCCGCUGGAUGAGGAAGAUCAUUGAGAAAUCAGACGGUGGUGAUGAUGACUGAUGUUCUCAUGAAAAAAAUAAUAAUAAUAAAGUUUAAAUCACUGUUUAGCGUUAAAUCCAACAACCAAUAAAGAUUAUUAUUUUUAAA